CGAAGAGGGCAACAGCGGAGAGACAUGGCUCGCAUAACAAAGAUGAGGCCCACGGUCGGUCGAGGCGAGGACCACCACCCUCGUCUCCGCCACACGACCGCAGACAAUCUCCACCAAGAUCAGUACGAAAGGAGUCGUCCCCAGCGAGAUCCCAUACUGCCUCGCCGAGAACGCACACCAAGCGGUCCAGUUACCAUGGUCGCUCCUCUCCGCCUAAAGAAGCAGACCUCGACUUUUCAAGCGAUGACCACCGCGAGACGAACAAGACUCACCAAUCUCAUCGCCACCGGAGAAAAUCAAUGGUGACUCAGGAAGGUCGCCGCUCGGCUCUGCUGAGUCCAAUUGGGCCACGACCGCCGCCGACGUCCUCGAAAUCGAAGUCUCGGCUGUCCACGCCACUCCCAUCUCCCAAGGUCUCCGACGAGAUGCUCUACAACAACAACUGCAAAUCCCAGCUUGACCCACGAACCUCUAUGCCCCAGUUCCACGUGUCCAAGACCAGACGACGGCAUGAGAUCGAGCGGCCGGUGUCGCCCUUAUCAUCAAGCGGUUCUUCCUCACCACGCAGUCGCUCCGGUUGGGGAAUUGAUGACCGAGCUUCAGAGACGGGCCGACCUAGAGCUCCCUCCCGCCACUCGAGCACCAGGUCCAAUGCCAGACCCUGCAAGCCGGUAAAUACACCUCUGUCCACCACAUCACUUCCCAUGGCAAUUUCCGUGGAUGACCGCCGCAAACGGCAGACACUGCCUCCGUCCCCGACCUGGUCCCGGCAGGGCUCCCUGGAGACCAUCCCUUGUCCUCCUUCUCCCGACUGGUCACCAGUUCUCCCCGCACAUCCUCACCAGAAUCACUACCAAAGUGUGCCCCUGACUCCUCGACACAGUGGAACUAACUUGGAACAGCCAGCGGCAUCUGUGGUGUCUUACCGCCGAUAUUCAGAAGAUGUCAAUGCCGGCGCCCUGCCAGGACUGCCGGACUGCCCACGACA